AUGGCCACAUCCAUGAAUUUCUCACGUGGUUUGGAAGCGGAGCUGAUCCAACCUUACAACUUCGAGAUGUCUCAGGACUUAAGGCCCUUUUUGGAUGAGUACUGGGUAAGUUCAUUCCUCAUCGUUCUAGUCUAUCUGUUGCUCAUCAUUGUGGGCCAGAGCUACAUGAGAACACGGAAGGGCUUCAGCUUGCAGGGGCCUCUCAUCCUCUGGUCCUUCUGUCUGGCCGUGUUCAGCAUCCUGGGCACAGUGAGGAUUUGGAGGUAUAUGGGAACAGUGCUGUUCACACAGGGCCUCAAGCAAACUGUGUGCUUUGGCACCUACAUUGAUGAUACCAUAAUCAAAUUCUGGUCCUCUCUCUUUGUUCUCAGCAAGAUUGUUGAACUCGGAGAUACGGCCUUCAUCAUCCUGCGAAAGCGUCCGCUCAUCUUUGUGCACUGGUAUCACCACAGCACAGUGCUACUAUUCACAAGCUUUGGAUUCAAGAACAGAAUGCCUUCAGGUGGCUGGUUCAUGACCAUGAACUUGGGUGUACAUUCCAUCAUGUAUACCUACUACACUCUGAAAGCUGCCAAAGUGAAACAUCCUAGCAUACUUCCCAUGGUCAUCACCAGCUUGCAGAUCCUGCAGAUGGUUAUGGGAACCAUCUUUGGCAUCCUGAAUUACAUCUGGAGGCAGGAAAAAGGAUGCUACACAACAACGGAACACUUUUUCUGGUCCUUUAUGUUAUAUGGGACCUAUUUCAUCCUAUUUGCUCACUUCUUCCACCAAGCCUACCUCAGGCCCAAGGGCAAAGCUAAGCCCAAGAGCCAAUGA